AUGCCAUUGAUACUUGAAGUUAUCACAAACUUCCCCGGAUCUUCUUGUUUUUGUAGUGGCUUGCCUUCAAGUCUUCUCUUCCGUUUAGGAGAUAUCACGUUUGUACUGAAGACUGGUCCACAGCCGGCCGAACGCACUCGGCCGGACAGGAAGGGAAUUGGCUUCGCUCGGCCUUCUCCAGGACCGAUCCGGCCGCACGACCGCACCGUCCGACCCGGGAGGCAAUGGACCACGAUCGACCGAGAUCAUCACAUCACGGCCGACCAGACCGUGCGACCCGGGAAGCAUGACCGCGUCGACCCGAUCUCCGCGAACAAGAAGCCCACUUAUGCAGUUUUGACUAUUCUCAGCCCAAUUAACCUAAACCGACUUGUGAAGACCUAG